UUUCCUGUUGCGCAUUUUUUGUAAAAUGUCACGUUUGACGUUCUUUUUCGUGUGCAUCGUACUUGAGUAUUGAAGCAAAAGAAUGGCUGAUACAGCAAAGAAGCCCGCAGCAACAAAAGCUGCCAAGAAACCCGUAGCUGAGAAGAAAGCUGCUCCCGCUGCCGACAAGAAAGUCAAAUCCAGCGAGAAGAAGACGAAGGAACCAAAAGCCGUCACUCCACGUCCCUUCAAACGCUACGGAAGAUUGUGGGCCAAAGCUGUCUUCACGGGAUACAAACGCGGUCUCCGCAAUCAACAUGAGAGCCAAGCUAUCUUGAAGAUCGAAGGAUGUCGCAACCGCAAAAACUCUUUGUUCUACGUAGGCAAACGCUGCGUGUACGUCUACAAAGGCAAAGCUCGUCAAUCGUCGCCAACAAACCCCAAACACAAGACUCGUCUACGUGCUAUCUGGGGCAAAGUUACUCGCUUGCACGGAAAUUCGGGAUCUGUUCGUGCGAAAUUCCGCAAGAACUUGCCCGGUGACGCCAUGGGACACAGAAUUCGCAUCAUGUUGUACCCAUCACGGAUCUAAUUCAAGCAUUCUAUAAAAUGAUAAUUGUCACCUUCAAGAGCAAAACAAAAUAAAAAUUGAAGUUUUCAACUAUAAAA